CUCGAUCAUAAAGCAGCCAGGCUGUGUGUGUGUGUAUGUGUGUACCAGUUGAACUCCGGUUAGUGUGGACAACAGGUGUACUACAGCCUCUCUCCACCUCGCUGUUGGAUAAUGCCCGCAGAGCGCCGCUCGUCGCUUUGCGCAGGGCUUCCUCAUCUGCACUUUGGACAUUUGCACGUUUUUAUAUCCUGAUCACUUCCAGCCACAAAAAUGCCUUUUCCGCCCAUCAGCCUCCACCAGCGGAUCUCCUCUCCUGGCAGGGAACUAUUCGGGAAAAAGAAAGCCAACGGAGUGCCUCCUCAGUCUGAGCUCACCAGCAAAUCCGGCAGAGAGAAAGGGGGGUCCGAUAAGGAGAAGCAGUCCACUUCUUGGGCAUCGGCGAAUUUAAGGAAUUUGGGGCGAAAAGCCCAGCAAGAGAAGAGUAAAAGCUCAGCUCAGAAGGCGGGUGCCGGUCAGGAGACCCAGGGAAAGGGCUCCUGGCUGACGGUGACCAAACCUCAGGACUCAUCCGAAGGAGUCAGGCGCUCCAGCUCCAUGGACUCCACCAGACACCUCCACGGCAAAGAGGAAGGGAAGAAGGAGAUUCAGUUUACCCUCAGUCUCACCCCUGAAGCCAUUCUUGUCAUCCAAAAACGAAAUCUAGAAAAGCAGAUGAUGGCAAAGCAACAGAAGUGUUGCGCCUCCGCGGACUUUCGGCACAGGCGAGUUUUUCCAUCCAAAAAGGCGCACGGAGUGUCCAAGGGCUGCGCUCCUGUCGCCAAAGUGGAAAGCGCAGAGCAGGACAUCACCGCCAUCGUUAAAAUAUCUCUUUUGAAUGAUCAAUACAAGUACGAUGAUGUGGAGUAUGAAGAAGAGGAUGGAGACGUGGAUGAGACUGUUGUGAGGAAAUGUAAAGAGUGGCUCAAAGGGGUCGAAAACGCCGCUGCUUUGGGAAAAGUCGACAAACUUUCUGCACUCCCGCACCUUAAAGGCUGCUGACACCUGACUUUUGAUCUUUCACUUUUAGACAGCAGCCUGACGAGAGGAUGGACUCGUGAAAAGUGUGCACCGAUGUAGGCUUGCUGCAAUGGCAUCGUAUUCUUAAUUAAUUUGAGUCUUGUAAAUUAAACGUUUGUAAAUGAGGGGAGAACAUCCACUUGUGUCCCGAAGAAUGUCAGUUUGUUUGGGAAUUAUUUACUAAAACACUAAAAAAAAAGACACUUAUUCAAGAUAAUAAAAAUAGAUGAGUAAAUUGCAUUGGGAAUUUCACUCGCCUCAACAAAAAUAAGAUUUUAAAGCUUAAUUGCAGCCUGUGGUUCAUCCAACAGUGUUUCUUAUGGUUCACAGGGACGUGGCUUUGUGAGUUUAAUGCCUAUCCAAUGUUUUGUUGAGGUUUGAACUGAAUACCUUAAUAUUCUCGUCCUUUGCACGUGGUUUUUGUUUUCAGUGGGGCGCCUGUGGACUGGCAGAGGGGUUUGCGUAAAGGGACGCGAAACCAUUCCUUUGUGUUGGAGAACAAAACGCUGUCAACGGAUUUAUAUGCUCCUGCUGCUGAAACCAAACUGGACCGUUUAUGUUUCCUCUAAUAAGAGGGUUAUAUCCUUUGUAGGGAUUUAUCAGUGAUGUACAGUAUUUAAUAUUUACUAAAUAUUUGUACUGUCAAACGUUUUCUCAGCUGAUGAUUUUAUGCUAUUUGAAGUAAAAUGUUUUUUUAAAUGA